CGCGCGAUUAUCAGCAUGGAACUGCUUUCGUUGAAUUUUUUUCUAUAUACUAUGGGAGGCAUAUGGCGACCGGUCGAGUGGACGUCAGGCUGCGCCAAGUUGUUGUACAACGUAUUCAGCUUUUGCACAAUAGUUCCGAUAUACUUCUUCAUGCUGACCCAAUUCAUGGAUCUCGUUCUCGUGGUCGAUAACGUGGACGACUUCAUCACGAAUUCCAUCAUGUUCAUGACCAUCGUCGCUAUUUGCUGCAAGGCGACGACCGUGAUGUUGCGUCGCGAUGUGAUCAUCGACCUGGUGCAGACAUUGUCGCGGGAGCCGUGUAAGCCUCAGGACGCGGACGAGGUGGCGAUACAGACGAAGUUCGACGAGUUCAUCAGGUCGUGCUCGAUCAAGUACUCGCUUCUCGCCACUAGCUCCCUUACGUGCGUUACCGUCAGAUCGGUGCUAAACGCCAUGCAGGGUAUCUUGCCUUACAGAGCGUGGUUGCCAUACGACUUAACUUUAUCCUUCGCUUUCUGGAUCACGUCGAUUCAGCAGAUGAUGUCCGUGACCUUCGCCACCAUCAUCAGCACCGGCACGGAGACCCUCGUGUUCGGACUGUUUCUGCAAACAUGCGCGCAACUCGAGAUCUUCGAGAGGCGUCUGCACAAACUGGUGAUCGGCAGGACGGCUGGAAAAGCCGCUGGCGGGCAGCCGGAGUGCUCUUCGGCCGAUCCACCGCUUCAUGAGAAGGAGAUGAUUUCCGGCUACAUACGUCAUCACCUUGGUAUUUACGAGUACGCCAGAGCGGUUAACAGCGUGUUCAACCAGAUAUUCUUCGUGCAAUUCUUCGGCAGUAUAUUGGUACUGUGCACCAAUGUGUAUUACUUGUCAUCUCACAUUACGGAAUUCGCGACUGCGACAUUGGUAAUAUACACCAUCUGCAUGUUUGUGCAAAUUUAUGUCUAUUGCUGGUCCGGGAACGAGGUCAUACUUAAGAGUACGAAUGUAGGAGACGCGAUAUACCACACGGACUGGCCUCUGCUGACGAUCAGCGAGAAGAAAGAUCUGCUGAUGAUCAUGAUACGUAGUACAAUUCCUAUCAAAUUCACCAGCAGUUUCCUCAUAACCCUCUCUCUGCAGUCUUACAGUAACAUUUUGAAAACGUCGUACUCGGCGUUCAACGUGCUGCAACAGUCGUGAGGUGGAAACGGCCGAGAGUAGCGCGAGACUGCGCUCGAAAGUAACGAUAAGGAUAACAGCGCUGUAGUAUACAAUAAUAGAGGUUACGUGAAUUUCAAAAUC